AUGUUGGUCGCCUCAAUUUUGAUUUCCCAGUUCUAUCUGGUCUGUGCUGCACCAGCCCCGGCUGCCCUGGGUGGCCCAGGCCUACAGCUCGUACAGGAGCCCAAAAGCUUUGCCAAUUCAACAGAAUCUGUUCCUGAUGGUGUCGUAAUGAUGCAUUUGGAGUGUGUCGAAAAGGUUUUUGCAGACGAGGUAGUACAAUCUUGGAACCUUGAUGGAACAUCAAGCGAUGAGCAGUUGAAAGUAAUUGCCGACCGGAUGAACAACCGCUUGACUUACUACACUGUGAACGUGAGUAUCGGUAGUCCACCUCAGUAUUUCCCAGUCCAAGUCGAUACUGGGUCCAGUGACUUAUGGGUCCCUUCCAACACUUUGAUGUUUGAUGGCUUUGACACGGGUGCAUCAUCCACGUUUCGCUACGUCAACAGUCCAUUCGAAAUCCAGUAUGUAAAAGAUGCAGCCAAGGGCUUCUGGGGGAUUGAUACGGUUUCUCUUCAGGACAAGUUUACGGUAACAGAUCAACAGUUUGGCAUCGCGACAGACGCACCAGGGUGUGAGAUUGGUAUCUUUGGUAUCGGACUGGCUGGCUCCGAAUCCACCGACGAGGUAUAUGCCAAUUUCCCUCAGAGUUUGGUUGAUCAGGGCCUUAUCAAUAAGAACGUUUAUUCAAUGUACUUGAAUGAUCUUCACUCCAAGCAGGCAACAAUCCUGUUUGGCGGCACUGAUAAAGCGCACCACGGAGAGCUCGCGACGCUUCCUCUCGUGAGCAAAAAAGCUUUCCAAGUAAACAUGUCCAACAUCAGCGUCAACGACAAAAAGCUCCUAAGAGAGCCUAUGCCUGUAUUGCUGGACAGCGGAACGUCCCUAGUGUACCUGCCUGAGAAGCAGGUAAAGGCUAUAGCAAAGUCUUAUGGUGCCAAGUUCAACCCUUCUUUGUCCAUGUACUUGAUUGAUGAACAUGAUCUCGCCCGCAAGAAACCCAAUGGCCUCGACUUUACAUUCGGCGAUGUGACCAUCAAUGUGCCUCAUGAAGAGCUAUUCUGGCCCCUUUCUUGGUUUACCUUACAAUCAUCACCCUACUAUGUUAUGACGGUUAUGCCUAGCAACUACAGUAUGGACUAUGUUAUUCUUGGUGAUAGCUUUUUGCGAUCGGCAUACGUGACCUACGACUUGGACAAACACGAGAUCCAGAUCGGACAAAACAUUAUCACCACUAAUAGUGAAAUCGUCCCGCUAUAUCCAGACAAUCCUCAGUAA